GUCCUAGACGGCUGAAAUAACACCUGCCAGACCUAGACUAACCGGUAAUUCUAACCCCCGCACAUCCGGCUUCGCGGGCUUCCACACCCUGAGUCGGGCUCCUUACUGAUGCAACGGCAGUUCAGCCCCUCAGCCUGUCCUCAUACACCAGCCCAAGUGGACGUUAAAGCAGCUGGAACGAGCGUAGCCUCACGAUGGGUUGCAUAAACAAUUUGACCCGUGAGGCAAUUCUGAAAUAGUAUGGGUUCUGUGGACCUAACAACCGGGUCUGUAUGUUGGCUAUCUUUGUGGUGCUACGGGCUCGCCAUAGCCCGUGUUACUUGGAACUUUUUGUUCCAGGUAGCGAAUCUUUAACAACAACUUUGUGGUGAACGCUGUGGUUACUGAACACAUUUUGAAAUCCAACUUGGGUGGACGAAGAUAUUGUUAGCCAUGGAUAUCUGUUGAGAUUGGUACACUGACCAGACGAAACUUGUACGACGAGAAUCUUCAAGAAUGACCAGGCACACGGCGAUCGAGGAGGAGGGCGAUGGCCCCGCGCGCGGUGAGCUGGACAUGGCAGCUGGCAAGCGCCAUCAGCACCCUCCUGCGUCCUUCCGCGAAGAGCUGGCCACUCACGACCCUGGCUACUUCAGGAAGGACUCGAGGACGCCUGAAGAACGCUCCACCAACCAUGCCGUUGUUGAGGUGCGUCCCGCCGGAACUUCCUACAACAACGUGCACUUAGCAAGCUCCUGCUCCAGUGCUACUGGUAGCGACGCAUGUGUAGCGGGACCCCGAACGAACGCUACUCUAAAUAGCGGCACAUGCUUGCCCAGUGGAUCCAACGAUGCGGACAGACUAGCAGACAACACUUAUGCCAAAGAAACUACUGCCAAUAGCUAUGGGGGUAUAGAUGGCAGCACGUGCCAUAGCCCUCAUCAAAGUAGAGAAGCGUGCUCAUCGACGAUUUUGAAGACUUCCGCCACGACUGCCACCAUUCCUGGAGGCAUCAACACCUGUAGCAGACUAGACAUGUGUGGCAGGCCUAACACAUGCAGCUCCCUCAACACAUCUAGUAGCCCAAAUAUAAGCAGAACGUUAGAUACGACUGGUAGCCCCAAUACAUGUAUCACGCUAGACACGUCAAGUAGCCCCAAUACAUGCAGCACACUGGACACAUCAAGUAGCCCCAAUACAUGCAGCGUGCUAGACACAAGUAGCCCUAAUACAUGCAACAUCCUGGACACGUCAAGUAGUCCCAAUACAUGCAACACGCCAGACACAUCAAGUAGCCCCAAUACAUGCAGCACGCUAGACACAACAAGUAGCCCCAACACCAGCAGCACACUGGAGACGUCGUGUAGCUCGAGCAGCGGCAGGACGCUGGACAUCACAGGUAGCUCCAGCACAGCCCAAACUCUCGACACACCUGCCAGCCCUGGCACGGCGAUGCCCAGUAGUGUGAACACUCCAGACGUUCAGAAUUGUGUUCCUAAACCUUCCAUACAUGGUCAGCCGGGCGCUGAUAGUAGUAGAGGCGAGUGCAGAGCUACCGAUAAGAUAAGCACUGAUAACCUAGCUGAGUCAACAGCUAGACUGCAUAUCGGCGGAUGUGGUGAUGGAGGCAGCCAGUCUGUGAGAGGCAGUGAGGGAGGGAUUACGAUAGUCACCGAGACUCCCAAAACAGUGACUGAGAAGAAGGAAGUGAUAGGGGUUAGUACAGUGCCGGGGAUAGGAGACUCUGUGCCAGAAAGUGACUUUCCGACCACCAUAGCCAUACCGACGCCGACUAGUGCCGGCUGGAGCUUCAUGGAACACAAACCUAGUCGUAGUGUGUGCGAGGAACUUCGCCAGUUGUCCCGAGUCAACUCCCUGGUAGAAAGAGGGUCACUAGCCAAUAUCCGCUCAAACUCCGUCGACGAGAACGGCCCGUAUGCGUCGGGUCGCAGCUCUGGGGCCGGGACUGGCGUGUCCUCGCGUCGCGGGACCCAUAUUGCUAAGCUCAUACAGUCCAAAAGUAUGAACAUGGGGGACAGACCCAUCUACCCAAACGUGCCGUUCUCACCGUACGGUUCGCCGUGCUCCUCUCCAAGAUUAAGACGUCGUCCGCUCAAAGAGUCUCGCUGCGUGAGCAUUGAGAAGAAUGGGGAAUAUGUGCAGCUCAACCAGUACAAGCUCAAGGAGGCCAUUGGCCAGGGGUCGUAUGGUAUUGUGAAGCUGGCCUACAACGAGGAGGACGACACCCACUAUGCCAUGAAGAUCCUCUCCAAGAAGAAGCUGAUGAAGAAACACGGGUGUUUCGGUCGAGCCUGGACCAUAGGAGCGGAGACGGAAGCUGCGACCCACGCUCGUUCCCUCAGCCCACACUUCCUGGCUAGCUCCUCCCCGCCCCCGUCAAGAGUUAAGGGACGGCUGCCACCUCCCAGAGCAUCACUAGGAGGACGACCAAUUGAAAAUCCCCUUGACCGUGUACACAGGGAGAUAGCCAUAUUGAAGAAGCUCAACCAUCACAAUGUUGUCAAGCUGGUUGAAGUCCUCAAUGAUCCUGAUGAAGAUAAUUUUUAUAUGGUAUUUGAGCUCCUAGAGAAGGGUGAGGUGAUGGAGAUCCCAACAGACACUCCACUAAGUGAAGACCAAGCCUGGAGCUAUUUCAGAGAUGUCGUCCUUGGCAUAGAGUAUUUGCACUAUCAGAAGAUUAUCCAUCGCGACAUCAAGCCAUCAAACCUACUCCUUGGAGACAAUGGUCAUAUUCAGAUAGCGGACUUUGGGGUAUGCAAUGAAUUUGAUGGGAAAGAUGCCUUUCUCACCAACACAGCCGGGACCCCAGCCUUCAUGGCUCCAGAAGCGCUCUCAACAUCACGGCACAAAUAUUCUGGAAAGGCAGCAGAUAUAUGGGCAAUGGGUGUCACUUUGUAUGCCUUUGUUUACGGUAAGCUGCCAUUCCACGACGAAAAUAUAGUGGUGCUAUACGACAAGAUUAGAAGCUCUCCUCUUUACUUCCCACCUGUGCCGUUUGUCUCGGAUGAUCUCAAAGACCUAAUCUCAUUAAUGUUGGAAAAAAUUCCUGCGAAAAGAAUAACACUACCAGAUAUUAAGGAGCAUCCUUGGGUCACAGCAGGCAAUCAGUACCCUUUGCCAUCAGAAGAAGAAAACUGUAUACUUAUUGAGGUUACGGAAGAAGAAGUUCAGAGUUGUGUGCGCUCCAUCCCUAAAUUAGAGACACUAAUCCUAAUUAAAUGUAUGCUCAAGAAACACAGCUUCCAGAAUCCAUUCAAGAUGAAUGUAUUCAUCAAAGAGCAGUUUGCCCGUACAGGACGGUCUCACUCGGCGCCUGGUUCGUAUGAGUUCUACUUUGACAGGAAGAGGUCGCUCGAUACUUCCCUCCCAGCAGUAGACGAGUUGGAUGUUGGCGGGGAGGAUAGAUGAUGUGGUGGGCUGGCAGAUACAGUACAGCUGUAGACCCGACUAUUCAUCAAGCACGGCAUGUGGUCAAAUGAGGCAAUAGGUGGUGCAGUUGCUUUAACAGGUGAUACAGUGAGAAUUACAUCAACAGCUGCAGUUAGCAAGUUAAGAUAUUUAAUUCCAGACAUCUAUACUGUAAUUGGCAUGAAAUGUCAUAUAAAUAAAGUCAAAAUUAAGAGAUGGUUUAGUGGCAGAUGCUAUAUGAUGGCUGCAGAUUGGUAAAAGAUACUCUAGCGGGAAAAUAUUAAAGGAUUUACAAUGAUAGUGUCUCAACAUUAGUAAAAAAAAAAAUUCUGAAAUUGAAAAUGUAUGGAUAUGGAAAAUAUGUUCUACUAACUAGACUUCUGCAAAACCAAAGGAGAAGCAAACUUUUACCAAAUGGCAUUUUCAUUAUUCACUGUAUUACCCUAUUUAAACUUAUACGGGUGGGUAGUAUCUUAAUUUUCUACACUAUAAGUUUAUACUCUUUAUAAAGUGUUUUUAAAUAUAUACUAUACUGCAAUGCAUUUAAGUGAAAGCAGAUAUUGGCAAUAUUCCUCGUGUACUUUCAUGUACUUAUAAUGCACUAACAAAAGUGUCUAGUGCACUAAAUAUUGUCAAGAUGUGUACACAACUCUGCAUGUAAGAAGUGGUGCCAAGGUGUCAGCUGCCGUAGCUGAUGGCGUCUUUGAUGUUCCUGGCUUGGCUCGUGACCUUCACCAUGUGUGAUUUAUUGUUCCAAGUGCACAACUCACCAAAAUGGUAAUCUUUAUAUUAGCUGACAACUUGUAACCUACUUCAAGAGAAAAGAUUUUUAUAUUUGUAUUCAUUUUAGGUUUAUGUGGUAUUAUUAAUUGAAAAAAAAUUGCUGAAGAAUUUUAUAAUGAAUAUUUUCAAGUGUUAUUAAGAGUUUUCAAGAGAUUAACAUUUCUUUAUUAAGUUAAAUAUUUUACAAGUUAUGUACCUUCAGUCUUUCAUAUUAUCAUUAAAGAUUUAUUACUGUUCUGCCAUGUUCUGUGGCAUUUAAGUGGGAAUUUACCAAACACAAAUCUAUUUUGUGCCUAGAUUGAAUAAUAUAUUGAUCACAAAAUUGCUUCAAUAUGAUGUGUGCCAUGUCAGUACUGUACUGUAAUUGUCACAGCUGCGUGACAAUUAUAUUACAUUUGUCAGGCUUAUAGUAUAUAGUCGCAAGCUAUAAUAGCAGGGCUAUUAUAUUGAAAGGGCGCAAAGAUGUUGCGGUUGAAAAGUGUCGCGAGAAUCAGGGCUUUGAGCCGAGACUUUCCGAAUAGUCUGUCGAGUACUGUUCACACGACAGAACUUUUAUUCUUUCCAAGAUGUUGAUGAUGCAUAAUUUCUUAUUACUUGAAGAUUGCAUUUUUAAUGUUGUGCUAGUUUAUAAAGACUAACUCGGUGAUAUUCAAGUACAGUACACUGUUUUUGGCUUAAUGUUAUAUACAUUACGGAUUUGAGACAAACUGUACAGUCUCUUAAUUAUUCUGUGAUUUUUCUGAUUAGCAUAUUUAGAAGAUAUUAAGUGUUCAACCAGCUGCAGACCACUUAAGAUGUUCCAUGAAACUACCAGUUGUGGUAGACAUUUCAGAUUUAUUUUGGUCAAUUUUAAAAGUGAUCCCUUUGACAAUAUAGUGAUAUAUAGCAUUAUAUAGACACAAAUGCUGAAAUAAAGUAAAUGGGAAAAUUCAAAAAGCCAAACACAAGGUUUGCUUGUAAUUGCAGUGUUGAACAUGUUAACUGGGGCUGCAGUUAUGGAUAGAUGUUUGUCUCGUGGUACAAGAUCCAGGUCCUAGCAUGCAACAGCUCAGCCUACCUGUGAACUGAAUUUCAAUUUCUAUGCAAAACAAAUAUUUCAAGGCUGUCUUGCAUCUAACAUUAUAUAUGCAUAUAUUAACUUUAAAGUAUUAUUACAUUUUGAUUUCCCCAUUCUUUGUUCAGUGAUGUGUAUAUACUGUUUAAAGUGAAAUUUAACAAAAUAACAAUUGCUUUCUAAAUAGAAUAAAGUAAAGGUGUGUGCAAACACUUGAUGGUAAUUAUAAUAAAGUAGCAUGAUUUUGGUAAUAUUUCUUUAAAUUGUGUGAAUAUCAAAGAUAUAACUAAUGAUUACACUUUAACCCAUGUACUGUACUGUGCGUUAGUUUAAUAUGACAAUCCCAUGGUGCACAACCCACCCCCCUCAUUUUUUCUUAGUGUUAAAAUCUCUUCCCUGAUCAUGGACAUAUAAAAAAACUAAAAAAACUAAAAAAAAAAAAAAAUAAACUUUGGCUGCUGUGAAGUGGAGAAGUUGGGGUGACAUCGCAGAAGCCUGGGCACUCGUGCUGAAGACUCCCGAAGCCGGUCCUACGGGUGAUUCAAGGCCCGCGAGUUGCCAAACUAUUACCUUGUUCCAUUUUUCACACAGUUUCUAGUGUUUUUUAUGUUCAUUUAUGCACAAGGAUGUCAUUUGUGAUUUGUAAACAGUAGAAGGUGCAUAUUGUUCCAAGUAAUAAUGAUAAGUGUCACUAAAGUGUCCACUAGAAUUUGUCACAAUAAUCUUCAAUUUUCAGUUUAUAUACAUAGUUUACACACACACUAUAUUUAAACAAAACAACAAAAUCAGUACUGUACUUUAUGAGUGUGAUAAUCACUGAAGCAGUCAAAGGUGUACAAAACCACUUUGCAUUCUACACUUCAGCUACACACACACAUUUUUGCUUCCUCUCUUCGUUUCAUGUGCUUGCAAACAGCACACACACGUUUACCUUUGUCACACAUUCCCAUACUUGGCAUGUAACCAAGCUUGUGUAGCGUCUUUGUAACCCAGUCUGCCCAGAGCAGCACGAGGCCUUGUUGGCGCAGAAACUCUUUGUCACAACACUGCUUUCCUAGCCAAACUUCACAAUUGUGUCAACAGAGUAAUAUAAAAGUACAGAUUGGUGUAAUCAGGCAAGAACCACCAAAUGCAUGUUGAAACAGUUCAGCACUGUUACAUCUAAAAGGUGAAAAAAUAAAUUUUUGGUCCACUUCCACAGUUUUUCCCGCACAUUCCAGUGCACCAAUCAUCAUGUCACACUUAUCUACUAAUCACACAUUUAUAUAUUGUAGUCCAUGACAAUUUGGUUUAUGCAAUUUACCAUGUGGUGCAAAGUUCACUUUGUCACUGUCUAUAAUUCCAUCAGUGCAAAUUGUUGUCAACAUAUUUACUGUGUCUGUUUUUCCAACACAGAAUUUUGUCGCCUUUUCUGAGCUGCCAAUCACCCACUGAAAUACCAAUAUCAAACACUGGCAUUCCUUUAUGUGACUUUACUGUGCCACAGACUAAAGUCCUAUGUUUAAGCAGGAACAUAGCAAGGGGAUGGUAUAGUAAUUGUCAGUAUACAGAAUAUCUUCAUGUCCAUGAGCAGUUUUACCACACUGCCAGAAAACAUGUGAGGAUCGUGACCGGGUAUGUCCACAUCAGUACUGGAAUUUAAUAUCUAUCACUAUUCUAGUUUCACAGUCACAGAGCACAAUGAAUUUCAGUCCAAACCUGUGCUAUUUUGAUGGGAUAUACUGUACUGCUUGAAAGCAAGACGUCCCAUGAAAAGAACCAAGAUAUUCGUCAAUCACUACAUUCUGCCCUGGUACAAAAAAAAAAAGUUGAAAUUUUAUCUUGGAUCACUGAACACUUUCCUCAUUUUCCAUAGUCCAUUGUUUUAAACCACAUUUUAAUUGUUUUCAAAGUGUAGACACCUUAGAGGUAGCAGGAACCUGUCACGUGACAUGUUCGUCUCGAAAAAUGGUGUUAGAACAA